GCCGGCAGCGUGGCCCGGGCGGGCGGGGCGCAGGCGGUGAGUGUGCGCUUUUGAGCAGCGGCGGUCCGAGCUCGCGCUUCCGCCGGGAUGAGCUACGACCGCGCCAUCACCGUCUUCUCGCCCGACGGCCACCUCUUCCAAGUGGAGUACGCGCAGGAGGCGGUCAAGAAGGGCUCCACCGCGGUUGGUGUACGAGGAAGGGACAUUGUUGUUCUUGGUGUGGAAAAAAAAUCAGUGGCCAAGCUGCAAGAUGAAAGAACAGUCCGGAAGAUAUGCGCUUUGGAUGACAAUGUCUGCAUGGCCUUUGCAGGCCUCACUGCUGAUGCAAGGAUAGUCAUCAACAGAGCCCGGGUAGAGUGCCAGAGCCACCGGCUGACUGUGGAGGACCCGGUCACUGUGGAGUACAUCACCCGCUACAUUGCCAGUCUGAAGCAGCGCUACACUCAGAGCAACGGGCGCAGGCCGUUUGGCAUCUCUGCCCUCAUUGUGGGUUUUGACUUUGAUGGCACUCCCAGACUCUAUCAGACUGACCCCUCGGGCACGUAUCAUGCCUGGAAGGCCAAUGCCAUAGGCCGGGGCGCCAAGUCAGUGCGUGAAUUCUUGGAGAAGAACUACACAGAUGAUGCCAUCGAGACAGACGAUCUGACCAUCAAACUAGUCAUCAAGGCACUGCUGGAAGUGGUUCAGUCAGGUGGCAAAAACAUUGAACUUGCUGUCAUGAGGCGGGAUCAACCUCUCAAGCAGUGAGAAGGAAGGAUGAGCUACUGCUGUGGUUGCCAGAGGCGGAAGCACACUACCCUGGAGCACACACCCUUAUACUGCACACCAGGCCUACUGUGGCUCAAGACGCACCUCUAUCACAAGAGUAAACAAUGGACACAUGUGGACGACAGCGAAGCCCUAAGAGCCCUCCAGGUGAGCUUCCACAUCAGCUCAUCUUCAGCCACUGUCACCAGGAGGCAGUGCAGUUCAUUGCUUAGAAUAUAGCCAGCACCAUCAACCUGCCCAUUCUGAUGCACAGCCAAGUGCAGAUCCUGGGCUUCACCUGGAAGUCCCCGUUCCUCACUCCUACAGCUGUUGCAGAGUCCUGGCCACACCCCUCCUAUGAUACAGCUGGGCCUGAGUCCUUCUCUUAGCUUGUAUGUUUCUUGCUUCAAUUGCUCCCCUGAUAGUGUGUAUGGCUAAGACUACCCAACUCAUUUCCUGUUCUUCAUUGGCUGGCAGUGCCUAAUACUCAACCAACAGGACUCCUGGGUCUGUGUUUGCACACCAUGCCUGCUCUGAAGACUACUGUACAGUCUGGGGGUGUUCAUCCACAGUGCUGACACAUAUAUCACAAUCACUGACUUCCAAGACUUGGGAGGACAGGAUGCUCAGCCAAUUGCUUACGUGUAUCUAUGCCAGCAGGCAGAUGAACAAGAAAAAACAACACAAACAGAACUCUUGGAGGCAAACGGAGUGCAAGGACUUGACCUCAGCAAGUCCAAAAUCAGACUAGGGGACAGCCAGAGGCUUUUGGUACUACACCCUAGCUGGCAGAGGCAGACCCAGCUGGGACUCUCGUACUUAUGCAGAAAUAUAAGAUCCCAAAACACCCACCCAGAAUAUAAGCUCAAACCUCCGACUUAAUGUUAGUGCAUUUUAGUCGCGUGCUUCCUGGACUUACAAACCAGCCAUCCUUCCCACAGUGCACUCAGGCCCUGACCUUGUUUUGAGUUCAGAAGAAAUGUUGUCAAAGAAGGACUUGGAUUUGUCAUAGUAACAGUUGGGCCCCAGAAGAUCUUCCUCAGCAGGAGCCUCUUCACUCUGGGUCAUCACAGUAGGGUCCUUCUCUUCCCCCUUCUCAGCUUUGUCAUCUACAAAGAAAAGCAGGGCACAAAGGUCCAGAGACAAACACUACCCAAUGGCUUCCAAUGGCCCAGGAUGAACUAAACAUUUCGUGCCAGAGACCCUUUCUUCUCACUGCACGCCACAAGCUUCAUGAUCCCCACCCAACCCUUCCUCAUCUCAUUCCAAUUUUCACAUUGGUCAGGACCCCACGUCCUUCCAGAGCAAUGCCAGCCAUCAUGUCUUAACAUGCUCUAGGGAAUCUCUUGGGGGAUAACUUUCAAGUGAAUCAGACCUUUAAAAUUCAGCUUCUUCUUAAAUUCUUUAUCGAGCUCUUCUCGGUUGAACUGGGCAUUUGCACUCUCAAAAUCAAAGUCACCUUCAAACUUGAUUGUGUUUUCCUUAACAUUAGUUGGACGGUUUUGCCCUCUGGAACGAUUUCUUGUUCGCCUAUUGCCUAUGUGGAGAAACAAACAAACAAACAAACAAACAAAACCAGU